AUUAUAUAAAAAAUACAAAAUAUAUAUAACAUAAUAAUGCACACAAUACACUUUUCACAUUUUUCGAUCAUAACGCAAAUUUAUUGUGGUAACAUAAGUAUAAAAAACACCCCGAUGACUGAAGAAUACGUUGUGUUGACUAUUUUCAAAUGGAAUGUGUUACAGUGUUGGCUAACAGCGAUCAAUAUUAACUGCAUUUGUGUCAUUUUUUUCACCCCCACUUGGGGGGCUUACAGCACUCUCCAAGACCCCAUGCUCUUUUGGAUAGAGCUGCGCCAAGUUGACGCUUUGCGUCAAAUUGGCGACACUCGAUAAAAAUCCCUAAUCCACCCUUGCCGUAGCUACCGUAGUCUAGUAAACUAAACUCAUCAUUUUUCCUUUUUGAUAGAUUUUUGCGAUAGCGCACUAAAAUAAGCAGGGUUACAAAAGCAGUACAGACAUCGAAGCGCGAGAGCGCAAAGAGAGACAGGUAUCCUGUCUAUAGCUACCGUGGAAGAAUUGUCUUCCACUUCCAUAACAUAACUGUUGCACGAAUGAUGUCGUUCACAAAUUCAGAGCCGUUGUCUGACUGAAUAAUAUUUAACAGACCAAAAACGCAAAUAAAUCUAACUUGUUGUCUGUGGGUUAUUGUGAAAUCUCGAUAGUCCACGAUGUAACAUAUCCAUUUUAAUUGCCCAUCUGGCAUCAUCUGCAUGUCUAUUAGAUCAAUCUGAAAAAACACGUUCUUAUUUUUAUCGUGUUAGAAACAAGUUGUGGUCCUUCCUGGGCCGCUGGUUGUUUCACUGUGCAUUUUCCAUGGGAGGUAUAUAUUCUGGCAAGAAAUUUGAUGCAAAAUGAAAAAGGUGGUGAUUAUUGGUGGUGGGAUUGCUGGCACUUCAUGUGCUGAAUAUAUCAACGCAUACUCAUUGAUGGACAUAGAAGUUCUUAUUAUUGCUGCUUCAGACGUAGUCAAGUCAGCCGUUACAACAAAAAAGAUAACUAGUAUUAUGAAAGAGAUGGAUGUUCGGGAGACUUCUCUUGACUCAUUUAAAAAGCAGUUUCACAAUGUCUCUGUAUUUACUGGUUCAGUAACUGAAGUGCUUGCAGAUGAAAAAAUUGUGAAGACAAAGGAUAAAAGUUUUAAGUAUGACAAGUUAUGCAUAUGUACUGGUGCAAUACCCAAUACCAUUAAAAUGGACAACAUAACUGAUACGACCAGAUCUAACAUUAUUUACAUACGAGAUACAGACACUGUGAAACAAUUAAAAGAAAAACUGGCAAAUGCAAGAAAGAUGAUUGUUAUAGGAAAUGGUGGCAUUGCCUUGGAGUUGGUCUAUGAAGUCAGCAAUUGUGAUAUUACUUGGUGUAUCAGACAUGAUUAUAUUGGUAACACUUUUCUUGACAAAGGUGCAGCAACGUUUUUUCUGCCUAGUCUACAUGGAAAUGUGAAUUCUUCAAAUGGAAAGAGUAAAAAGUUUGAACAAACUAUAUUUAGAAGAAGAAUGUAUGAAGCAGAGCGUGAAUUUAUACAGGGUGAUGGAAAAGAAUUUGGUGUUACAGGAAGUGCACUCGGUCCAGACUGGAGUUCUCGUCAAAAUCUGCGGGGAUGUAAAUCUACCUCAUCUAAUAUCAACAUACGAUAUAAUUGUGAACCAAAAAGGAUAUUUUCCUGUCAUGACCAACCUCCGAAAAAUAAAAUUUAUGUCGAACUGGCCACUGGUGAAGUUAUUGGAGGUGACGUUGUUGUAUGUGCAACUGGUGCGUCGCCUAAUCUCCCAUUUCCUAUUUUAUCCAAGUCUCAAAUAAAACUAUCAGAAGAUGGUGGCAUAUUUGUUGACAACAACAUGAGAAGCAAUAUAAACGAGAUAUAUGCGGCAGGGGAUGUAUGCUCUCCAUCAUUUACACAAACAAAGCAUUGGUUCCCAAUGAAACUGUGGACACAAGGUUGGCAAAUGGGUGCAUAUUCAGGUAAAUGUAUAGUUGAAAACUUCAAUAAUCAAGAUCUAAUGGCAGAUAUUUGUUUUGAACUGUUUACACAUGCUACAACAUUUUUUGGUUUUAAAGUUUGUUUACUUGGAUGUUACAACGGACAAAACUUAAAAGCAGAUAAAUGCGAGUUGUUAUUUCGUUGUACAAGAGGCGUGGAAUAUAUUAAAAUUGUGUUGGAAGACGAUCGAGUACAGGGAGCAAUUCUAAUUGGUGAAACAGAUUUAGAAGAAACUGUGGAAAAUUUGAUUCUGAAUCAACUGAAUGUUGGUUUUAUCAAAGAUCAUUUAUUAGACCCAAAUGUUGAUAUUGAAGAUUAUUUUGAUUAAGUACUUUACCCUGUCAAGCAUGUAACGUUUGCAACCUUCUAAUUUAUUUAUAAUCUGUUUGUGUAAACCUUUUAAUAAUCUAAAAAAACUUGUUGGCAAUGUUCUUGUUUGACAAAAACCACAUGAAUUUAAGGUAAUGCAUUCUGACUCUGGAGAAGGAGAAGGGUUGUAAAUAUAGUUUUUUUUACUGGUUUUAAAAAAAAGUUUUUAAAGAAAUCAUUGAAAUUAGCACUAUUGAUGGUUUUUGUCUCUACCAAUUGCAAACGUUUAUGGCUUUGAAAGCUUUUGUGUUUUAUAUUUUCUAAACGUGAUAGUUACAGGAAUGUUGUUUUGUAUACAUUCAAAAUCACAGAAUUUUUAGAGCCAGUUAUAGGUUACCAAUUUCUGCAUUUUUGGUAUGUCAGUCAAUACUUAUCCUCACUACUAAAUUUGUGGUUGUUUUAUUAAGAGCUGAUUUUUGAUCCUUAGUAAAUAUAAAAAAAAUGUUACUGGAAAUAGUGCAUGUUUAUUUAUAUCCCAUCUUCUAUAUAUUUCUUAUUGUUUUAUUUAAUUACACUCAUUAUUUUUCAUAUUGUUUUUUUUAAAGAACUUUAAUAGAAGAAAAAAUGUCACUAAAAUAACUAAUUUUGGUGGUUCAAACUUUGGAUUUAUAUUGACAUGUGUUGGUAAUGAUGACUAAUAUUCCCCUAACAGUGUGAAAUGCAUUUAGAAAGAGAAUUUCUUUUUGCUAUUUUCGCUGUCACAUUGCUAUUGGACAGGGG